AUGACUGAAAAGAAAAAAGCUCUCGUGUUGAUAGCAGAUGGCAGUGAAGAAAUAGAAGUGGUAGUUACUGUUGAUGUUUUAAGACGUGCUCAGAUAGAGGUGGAUGUUGUUGGUGUAAAAUUGAAAAAUUCUAAUUUUGCAAAGUGUAGUCGAGAUGUGAAGCUUGUACCAGAUAAAGAUUUUGCCAAAUUAACCAACUCUGAUGCCUACGAUAUUAUUAUUAUUCCUGGUGGAACGGCUGGAGCAAAUACUCUUGCAUCAAAUACUGAUGUGCAAAAUUUAUUAUCAUCAUUUCAUAAGUCAGGAAAAUUUGUUUCUGCAAUUUGCGCAGGUCCAUUGGCAAUCAAGUCAGCCAACGUUAAUAAAGGUGGCAAGAUCACUUCUUAUCCUAGUAUAAAAGCUGAUUUGGAAAAUGUCAACGAUCAAGUUAUUGUUAAUAUAUUGGUUAAAGCCCUUACCGCCAUACCAAAUCCAGAUUUUAACCUAUGUUUAUAUUUAUUACAAGAGAGCUCUUUGUCAGAUGAAAAUAUAAGCAAAUUGUAUGAUGCACAAAAAUUAAUAGAAGAAGGAAAAUACCAGGAAUUUUGGAAAAUGUAUGAAACGGAUGAGUCAUUUAAAGAACUUACUAGCGAAGCUGUGGGUUUUGAAGAUGCAAUACGUAAAGUAAUCAUGAAAAUUAUUUCGAUGGCAUAUCAAAAUAUUUCGGCUGAUUUAUUACGAGAAUAUUUAAAUUAUGGAUCAUCUCCAAAUGAUGAUGAAAGUUUCAAAGAAUUUAUAAAAUCACAAGGUUUAGAACUUGCUGAAAAUAAUUUAGUAAAUAUUCCAACGAAUAUUGAUAAUGAAGCAAAACCUACUGUUAUCAGAGAGAAUAUUAAAUUUGAUCGUAAAGUAUCAUCAUACUUGUAA